CAAACCCAGUUUCCAUUGUAAAAAAAUUAGACCUUUAGGUAAGUGCAGUGCUCAAUUUCCCAACCCAGAACCUAAUUCGCUGCAAUCCCAAAAUACCCUUCUGCGAUUCCACAAGUGUAGAUUUGGAGAAGGUGAGCAUAUUGGUGGUGAACUGUUGAUGGUGUAGUUAGGGGCAAGAUGGAGAAUAUGCAGUAUGCUGAGGAGCUUGUGAGGGAGUUUUUAGUGUUUAGGGGGUUUACUAACACUUUGCAAGCUUUUGAUUCUGAGUUGUCGACGGAUAUAGGCAAGGGGUUUCAAGUGGAGAAGAUAAUGGAGUUGAUAUUUUUGGUGUAUGUACCGAAGUUUCAGGCGGAGAAGUUAGUUGGGUUGUUGAGUUUUUUCAAGCAGUGUCUAUCUUCGUCUUCAGAGACUGUGCUUUUGGCUACACUGUCUAAGAUGGAGGUGUCAAUUCUGCGGUACUAUGUUGUGAAUGCCAUCAAUGCAGGGAGGAGGGAGAAGGUUUUGGAGUUUUUUGGUAUGAAGGGGAAUGAUUUGUUGCAACGGAGCCAGGACUGGACUCCAUGGUUUGCCAUUCCGUAUUUAAAGAAGCCAAGUGCUGAUCCCGAGUUUCGUAUAUAUUUCUCAAAGGAAUGGUAUGAGGCAUUGCGUUUAUCUGUGAGGAACUUUUUUAGUGAGAUCUUCAACGGUAUUCGCCUGCCAGCCUUGUUGAAAAUCAGCUCAGAGAAGACUACUGUCAACCGUUUAAAAGGGGACAUCAAGCAACUGAAUCUGAAGUUGUCAGAACUUCAAGCUUUAUUGGAGGAAAAAGAUUGUCAAUUAUCCCAGUUAAGAAGUAAUGCUUCAUCAGUUAUAGAUGAAAGCACUGAAAGAACCAAGGGCUCAUCAAGUGUAGCACCCGAGGAAAAUCGUCUUACGUCUCAAGAUGCUGAGGAAACUGGCCCUCUUGCUACUUUUAAAAUCAGGGAAGCAGAGGUUGAUCGAGAUCAGGGUGAUGGAUCCAUUGGAAUUCAAUCAGAAUUACAAGUAUCCAAGUCCAAUAAUGAUUUGAGUUAUCCAUCGGCUCUUCGUGUGGGAGUUGAUGGAACUACUGAUACCAUUCAACUGUUCCAGGAUGUUUGCAAUAAUGAAAAUGGCAGGGAAAACCGUGUAGAAGAUUUACCUGAAGUUGAGGUUGAGUUUCAGGAGACAUUUUUGGGUCACACAAGUCCAAUCAGUUGCUGCCGGUUUUCUGCAUCUGGAAACAAUAUAGCCAGUGCAUCUGACGAUGGUACUGUGAGGGUAUGGACAUAUGACUCAUCAACUCCAGCAUCCAGAAAUGCAACCAUUUAUUGUGGAGCCAAAAUUAUGUCACUUGACUGGGAAUGUAAAUCUGACCGAUUGCUGCUCAUAGGCACUGCUGACAGAGGCAUUAAAGCAUGGAAUGUUGAUGCAAAGAGAGUUGUCUGUGAUCUUCAAACGAGUGAAGAAUUUCCAAGUGUGUUGGAUAUAAAAUGCAGCCCUGUGGAGCCCAUAUUUGUUUCUGCUGCAGCAUCCAAGGGGCAUGGAUCGACUUUUGUUGAUAGUCUGGGUUUUGCUUCAUUAACUGUGUGGAACAUGAGGACAUGGAAAGCUAUGACAGUCCUUCCUCUUGGUAAAGAUCCACCUGCAAUUACAUCUCUUAGUUUCAAUCACAAUGGGAAAAUCUUAGCAGCAGCUGCAACUGAUGGAAUGAUUCACAUGUUUGAUAUGUCUGCGGGUCAACAAAUAACUGGGUGGCCUGCACAUGACUCUGCUAUAAGCUCCAUUCUUUUUGGGCCUGAUGAGACUAGCAUUUUCAGUUUGGGAGUAGAUGGAAAGAUUCUUGAAUGGAGCUUGCAAAACCAAGGUCAAAUCCUUUGGUCAAGGAACUGUAGCAGGUUCUGUGGCCCUGAGAGCUCAAAAGAUCGCAAACAUGAAAUGGCUUUGGAUGCUAAUGGGAGGAGACUGUUGGUAACAUCUGCCUCAGUAAGAGCACCCAUUUAUCAGGUUAGAGGUCAUGCUACAAAUGGGAUGAGAACUCUCCCACACAGUGCUGGCAUAACUACUGUAGAUUGGCACCCGACUUUGCCCAUAUUCUUAACAGGAUCCGCUGAUAACUCCGUCCGAGUCACAUCCAUACUAUAGAGCUUCUGAUUGUAUCUUUUAGUUCUCGUGUUCCUGAGGCUGAAUCAGGUUCAAAUAUCAUGUGGGGUGUAAAUCAUUGAACAGUAUAAUUUAUAAAGGACACCGAUUCUUU